GCGAAACGUGAUCAGGAUGCGCACAUGCAGGGGAUGGGGCACGCCUACGCCCGUAUGAAGCCGAGGGAGUGGAAAUGGAAUGACGUCGCCAGACGAUUGAAGAACGUUGGUGUUGACAGGAAGGCGGAGAAAUGCGGCAAGAAAUGGGACAACCUCAUGCAGCAAUUCAAGAAAGUUCAUCGUUUCCAGCAGUCGUCCGGGGGAGUUGACUUCUUCCUGUUGAGCUCGAAGGAGAGGGCGAGCAACGACUUCAAUUUCAACAUGGAUCGUGCCGUUUACGACGAAAUUAAAGGGUCCACCGGUUUCAACGAAACCAUCAACCCGAAGAAUGUUGCAGACACUGGUGCCCGCGGCCGUGUGCGCUUGCCGUCGCCGUCCAAUGGUGAUCCUGAGGCGGUUGCCGGUGACGACGAGGGUGCGGGGGGAAAAGAAGAGGAGGAGGGAUCGACUCGUGAUUCUUCCCAGAUGUCGCCCUCCCCUGGUGGGUUCGGAAAGCGGAAGAGCGUGCGGCAGCAGACAUUCGAGGCAAUGACCGACUGCUUGGACAAGCACGGUGCGUUGAUGGCAGCCACGAUGGAGAGUGCCAGCAAGCGGCAAUGCAGCAUUCAGCUGCGACAAUGUGAGGCAUUAGAAGCUGAAGUGCAGGUGCAGAAGGAGCACUACGCCGCGUCAGAUGAAGUCAGCAAACUCAUGUGCCAUGCGUUGAUGGAGAUAGCAAAGGCUAUUCGCGAGCGCGUUGCACGUGGGAGAGCUGCUGGCAAACAAGUGGCGCGAGCCGAACUCGCACCGAAGAAAGGUCGCCACGAUCCCUUGAAGAGACGAAGGACCGUCCAAGGUGGGAAGGCCGCACUCCGGCGAGAGGUGGAGUCCGCUUGGGUGGAUGCAGAGGAGACACAGGUGGAGGACGAUGACUUCGAAGAAGAAGGGGAGCAGAUUCUCGAGAGAAGAGUGAAGCAGAGGAUGACGGGCGCUGCGCGGAUGGAAGCGGGGGGGGGGGUCGCCGCGGAGGCGGGGCAUGAUCAGCAGCGGACGCCGUCGAUUGGGCGGACCGAACAGCCUGUUGGCGUCGCAAGCAGUUCGCAGGCCGUCAUCGACUCGUCGACUAAACGUUCCCCCGCGCCGCAGGCGCGCGGGGAGGCAACUAAGGUUGCGUUGUCCAUGGCGGAAGCUAUGAAGGCGGGCGAUGGCGGGACAGUAGGCGAAGACGACGAAGCGCUAGUGAACAGGCUUCGCGGGCAACGUGCCGAAGCGAAAGCGAUGGAGGUGGCCGCGAGGCUCUGGACGGACGACAUUCGGUUCUGGAAUCAAACGUGGGGACACGAGAUCAUCCAGAUCAUACACGAAGCCCUUGUGUACCUCGUUGACGUGGCGACGGGAGUGCAGCCAUCGCCGAUCCGAAGGAGCAUCAACCUCCUCCAUAGUUCUAUCCCUGUGAAGAAGAUCGAAGACGGGUCGGAGUUGACGGCGGCGAAGGAAAGGGCGCUGAAGGUGGAGACCAUUGCGAAGAGAGCGAUCCAAGGCUGGAUUUUCAAGUCCGAAAGCAGCGACAAGGGGUAUCAUUUGGUGUACCAAUACGCCUCGAGCCACGCGGCGACUAACAUCGCCAGAGCGAUGUGCGCAGCGGAGGACUGGCGCUCGUUAGUGAGCUCGAUGGUGUUUCGAACGACGCUGGAGCUGGGUAUGAAGCUCCUUUUGUGGUUCGUCGGUGCGAAGGUGGAGGACAGGCACCAGGACGACGAGUGUGAGGCGUACCAGGAAGCCAUCGCCCAACGUCUAGUGCGUGACUUCAGCAACGUGGUGGAGGCUGCACAGGCGAUGGACUCGGGGCGUGUCUCUCACAAGCGCCUCAAGUCCCUGGCGGAGGCGAUGAGAUAUCUUCUCGCGGCGGCGGCGUGGAUUAUGAGGAUGGCUGGGGACGACGCGAGAUCGCACUUCGACGCCUGGGUUUUCGUGCAGCUAACGGCGAAGACCACCCUUCUUGCUUCCAUGGAUCGCCAUUUCGACUCCCGUCGUCAUGUCUUGCUGGCAGCAACUGUCAUGACCGAGAAACUCGGAAGACCGCCUCCGACCUUCGCUCCCCCCCCGUUGUACAUCCCCGACUGGGCGUCGAAGUGCGGCAUCACGUUCAAUCACGAUGCAACGUUGUCCUCCCCGAUGGAAGCGACGGAGACGGAUUGGAUCGCCACAGGCCCCAUGAGGGGGAAGAGUCAGACGACGACGAUGUUCAUGGCGCUGAGGGUGGGUGACAAUGGGAGUCCAAGUCGAUGGACUGCCGGCGAGGGUGGGUGAUAGUGGGGGUCGACGAUGAUGACGGCGGGGAGGGUGUGUAGAUGACAGGGGGAGUGUGUUUCGCUUUCCGCCGCUUGUAUC